AGCGUUCACAGCAUUCACUCCUCAAUACUAUCGCUGCGUUUAGUCGUCAAUGGCUUUUGCUUUCAUUGAAGUCUUCACUGUUUUUGUCCAAACAUUUGAACGCCAUUUCAAUCACUGAUUGUUUGCAAUCAAUUCAAUUGAUUCACACAAUUCACGAAAGCGGAGAAAGAGUUUUUUGUCACCGAAAAGAGCAGUCAAUCCAUUGAGUUGUAGAGAGAGAGGGAAGAGAAGCAAACAAUUGGACAACGUAUUUUUAAUGGAUAAAAGUAUCAAAUGUUAGUCUCGUAUAGACUUGUCUUAUAUGGCAGACAGAAAGUCGAGUCAUAAAGAGGGGACAAUCGCGUCGUCUUCUUUGAAACGGUCUCAACGCUGUCUGGGAUCGCGAUCGCCAAUCAGGACCCGUUCCAAAUCUUUGGCCUCAAAAAGGGAUUUAUUGAAUAAAAGUGUAAGUUCUGGAGAUCUGCCAUUCGCUUCCACUUCACUGCAAACACAAGACUGUGUAAGCGAUCUCUCGAUUAAAAACAAAUCAAACAAACGCUUAUCAGAAGAAGACGUUUCUCCCGGAAAGAGAGCAAAGAAGGAAUCGUCUAUAGAUAAAGAGUUAACUGCAAUCAACUUAAGCGUCGGAAAGGAAAGGUCUGUUCCGUCGUCUUCUGUUGAAAUACCGAAACGCAAAGGAAGGCCACGAAAGAAGUUGUGGACGACUUGCGAUUCGUCACUACUUCAAACAUCUUCUGCACAGACAUCACAAUCGCAUUCAGAGGCCUCACAGCGAAGCGAUUCCAAUCAGGCCUUUGCCGCUAAUAUUGAGGACUCGUUUCGCGGCAAACGUUUUAAAAGUAAUUCUCGUUUAUUGUCGAACACCAGAAUUGGUACGAGUAGUUCACGCGAGCCGUCGGGGGAGCAAACCAUAGGUCUGGAGAGGGCGUCUACAACGGGGUCGUGUGCCAGCAGUUCGCGUCGGCGUUCCUCCCGCCUCAAUACCAAAGCGCCAACCAAUCCGUCAUUGAGUUCUAGUUCUGGUGCCGCCGGAACCUCAUCUUUCGGACCAAAUACUACCUCUAAUUCUGGAGGAGGGAGUAGUGGACGACUCGGUCUACUCAGAAGCAACACAAGGAGUGGUGGUAUGGAUGAAGAUGUU